AUGACGAAUGAUGCCGAGAUUGCGAAUGGAUCCAUGGAUCCUAGAAGCGAUCCAUAUGAUUCUGCAUCAACACAUGCAACCACUUCAAGCGUAGAUGGCAACGGCCGUUCUCAGAAGUCGAAUCAACACCAACACCACCACUUGCACGCAUCAGAGGAACACUUCUCUUCUCCCACUAUUUCUAAGAGCGGAAAAAACACCUUCCAAGUCGAGCAAAAGUUGAACCCUUCUAAGGAACGAUCGCUGCUUAAUUUGAAGAGUAACCACGCGCAUGCAUCAUUGAGUGCUUCUUCUGGUAAUAAUAAUACACACGUUCAGAACCUCGGCCUAAUUAGUUGUGGUAGUAGUAGUGGCAGCAACUACAACACUAGUCUUGCUACGACUACUACUAUUACUUCCAAAAAGUCUGCUCGGAAGGUAGUGGCCGUUUUUGUGGAUGAUACCUCUCUGACUCAUUUGGCCCCAACGUCCAGAUCAAGCAGAAAUUGUGCCGAAACACCAUCCACAUCUGGUUGUGGUGGUGUGGUUGUCCAUCGUCAUGAUGGAAGAGAAGAACAAGAUUCACUACUCAACAACGUUCCUUCUUCAAAAAAGAGCCUUCACCAUCAUCUCGCCUCCAAGUCUGCUGCUGCCAUGAACAGCAAUAAUCAUAACAACAACAAAUCCUCUUCGGCUAGCUCAAAUUCUCCUCAAAACCUCGUAUGGGAUGGAACUUGCGUUUCAACCACCAUCACCACCACCACCACCACCACAAAAAACCAUCUUCAUGCCAUUCAAACAACCAAUCCAUCACAAAGCGUUCUAUCCAAAUCAUCAACACCAUCCACCACCACCACCAAUCAUAUUAAAUUCCACAUGUUGGAUGAUCCGAUGAUGAGAGCCAAUGACGACCAUCGAAGUAAUUUUGUUCGAAUCGAUGAAGAACAAAUUAGAAAAGUUUUUCAUUUGACACAAAGACAAGCUGCAAGCUGUCUGGGAGUAAGCUUGUCAACUCUAAAGAGAAGAUUUUAUGAGAUGAGGGAUUCAUUGAAAAUGGAUAAAUGGCCCACGACAGCAACUACUACCACUACUACUGCUACUACAACAGCAGCUACUCCCUCUGUCAAAAAUGGUUGUUGUCAAACAGUAUCGAUGCCACAAACAUCAGCAUCACCACAAACACCUCCUUCUUCUUCCUCUUCCUCACAUCAACAACAGUCUUUUCAACAUGUAACUCCCACAUGUGCCAUUAAUACAACGACAUGCAACAAUCAGUCAUCACACAUGUCGCAGCAGCAGCAACAACAAACAACUCAACAUUGGAAUGAUUCGUAUCAUGCAAACCAUAGUAAGAGUUCGUAUGACAGUUUUCCUGUUGUGCAAACGCAGCGGAGGCAAGAGUCAACUUCAUUCAUGAUACAUAAUGGUCUACUCGUCAAUCCUUCAAUGAUCAUGUCUCCUUCUACCAUGUUAUCGCAAGAAAUGAACAAACACGAGGAGAUAUCUUCAUUGACCACCAAUAAUGGUAAUAAUAACAAUCAUACUAACAAUCAUCAUGAAAGUACUUAUAAUGUAAGGUUUUCUCAAUCGUCGCACUCUCAACCUCCGUAUCAUUCCUACUCGAAUACUCAUGCAACAGAUACCAAUUUUCAAGUCCAUUCCAUAAACACCUCUUCUUGUCAACAAAACCUCCAACCAUCACCACCAUCAACCUUUGAAAAUCCUAAAUACUCUCAUCUCCAUUCUGAUCAGAGAUUUAAUAUCCCACCUUCUGGCAUGUUCUUUGACAAACGACCUCUAUUUCUUACCUCUUCCUCAUCCACAUUGAGAAGAACCUCUCCUCCAUCCUAUCCAUCUGUAGAUCCUUCCUUAAAUCACUCUCACAAGUGUUAUGAAUAUUCACCUCCUUCCAUCCAUCCACCACAAAGUGUUUUCUCUGGAGAAGAAGAACAGCAUUCACUCAUUGUGUUGCCAUCCAUUUCAUCCACCUAUUCAGAUAUUCACAACAUUGAACAUUCUCAUGCCAAUCACUCAUCAUCCACUCAACACAAGAAGGAGGACCUUAUAUCUAGUUGCAGUAGAGCGACUUUAGAGAAACCUCACAAAAUUUCCAAACCACAAAAGAUGAAAUCGCAUUCAAAUCUCGCAACUGAUGGGUACGAUCAUUCAAGAAAUGGACUCAAAUCCAAUAUGAGCUUUAUUCUGAAUCACUCUGUGAAAGAUCCCACUCAUUUGGAUUCUGAUGAAUGGAAUACCUUAAUGAAUGCUUUCAAGCAUCGAUAA